AACAGACACAACCUACACAUGCUUGCCAUGGAAGAGUGAGCUCGCUUGCAGGUGAUGGAGACUCUGGGAAAGGCAUUUGAUGCUGCUGUUGCUGAAAUCCUGAUUGCUUCCGCACAAAAGGACGUACCGCUUGCACAAUUUGCUGAUUCUCUCAAAAAGACGCGCAAUGCUAUCUUUUUUGACGAAGAAGUGCCUCUCAUUGUGCUACUACGCUUCUCUACAGCUCAUACAGAAGACCAAAUCAAGUCUCUAUCUGCUGGAGUCACAAUCAAUGUCGAUGCUACGGUAUCUGAAGUAGCAGAGUCAGCUGAUGCUUCUGCCGGUCGCAAAGCACCUGGACAGCUUGUCUUCUCUGAGCGUCUAACACCAGGAUGUCUUCUAGGAGUGAUAAAAGAUACAGAAACAGUCAUGCUUGCUUGGUCAUCCAAAAUCUUCAUUCCUUUCGUCAAGGCUCGCACUGGAGCUAGUCGUACUACAUUCAAUGUCACACUCAACUACGAGCCUAGCAUCGAAGCUUGUCAAAUACAAAAUGCGUAUAUGAUUGACGAGUCAGAAGCGAGCGACCUGAACAUCUUGCAGAGCCUGUGCAAUGAUGCUGAUUUGGGCCCACAUGGGCCGCGACUCUCAGCAAGCCGCCUACUUACCCUGAGUUCUGCGCGUACAGAAUCUGCACAGGUCCGACUAAGAAAGCAUGCACGUCGAACAUUCCCCUGCAAGUCUGCCAUUAGCUUGCGAAUACAGAGCACGUUCCUGCCUCACGCAAACCGAGCACUCGUCUCACUCGAAAUUGAGGCCUCAGUUGAAACAGACAAGGACAAAUGGGUCGAAGUGGUUGAGAUGACUGCACUCACUUCUGAUGGGAGCAAAGUUUCUGCCCUUGGCGCACCACUUAUGCCACUCAGACUUCGAGCGCGCGAGCAACUAUCAUUAGUGUACGAGCUUUCACCCUCUCAGCUCAGCACAGGCCCUACAAUUCCUGCUGAAUUCCUUAUGCUCCUUCAGCCAAACGUCUCGACCGAUGCCUUAGGGAACAGCCCUGAAAUUCGCUCGAAAUGGGCAACCAUCAUCCGCAUCCGACCCGAUGAGCCGCCACAGCAUGGCAAACGACCAACGAGCCAGGUUGUUAGCCCAAAGGGUCAACCGCCAGGCGACAGGCUUUCCAGGCGUAUCUCGACGCAGUCUACAAAUAGUAGCCGUGCAGCUGGACAUCCAUUUGAAGGCAUUCAGCUGAAGAUUACAACACCGACAGGCUGUCUACUUGGAGAGACAAUUACAGUAUCUCUAGCUGUGAGCAAUCAAACGAAUCAACACAAGGCACUCCUUGUACAAGUGCCACAAUCUACGCAAGGAUCCAAGCAGCUGCCAAUGCUACCAACAUCAAAUGAUCAAAGACUAUCGCUGCAAGGUCGCCAAAGUCUAAGGACUGCAGUGGGCGGUGAUGUGGAUUUGAUUUGUCUGACAAAUGAGGUGCGUGUAGGACCUCUAGCACCAAAAGCCAUGCGUCUUGUCCAAUUGCAAUUCAUUGCUAUGAAUAUUGGCAUGAUGAGACUUAGGGACAUUCGAGUAAUAGACUUGCAAACAGCCCAAGCAGUCGAUGUGCAGAUUGAUGGGCAACUCCUGGUAAGAUCCGGCGCUUGACUGCCUGUCACGAGACUCCCACAUCAGCCAAGAGCAGCGAGCCGCUUCUCUUCUGCAGCAAUGUCUGUCAUUUGCGAAGCGUAGAACUCAACCUCCUCCUUUGUUGCGUCUGGCAGCGGCGCCCGGGAAUGACCGCCAUGCCGGCCGAGAAUAUCAAGUGUUGCACGUACACCCGGCAGGAAGGCCUUCAUCAUGUGGUACUCAUA